UUAACAGUCUAUCUAUAUAUAAGCUUUACACAUGGGACGGGAGAGAUCAUCAGUUACCAUGAUAUUUGUCAUGCCAAAAGAACCAUAAUAUUUAACUUCAGACAUAACCCAAGUAGUCAUACUCCUCGAUUCUCCUGUGAUCAAGAUUAAAGGAUGUCAAAGGGGCAACAAUAUCCUCCAACGGUGCCACCGCCGUAUCCCUAUGGACCUCCCCCACCGUAUCUGCCGCCAGUGCAGGGCUACCCCAUCCCUAAUAUGCAACCCCAGCAUCCUCAUUACUCUUAUAAUCCGUGCGCGCCGCCUCCUCCUCAUCCACAAGCUGGCUAUUACGCUCCCCCGCCCCCAGCCAGUAAUCCCGAGAAGAGCAGCUCGUGUGGCGGACUUUGCACUGGAUUUUGUUUGGCCAUGUGCUGCUGCUGCCUGAUGGAUUGCUUUUGAAGAUGAAAGCCAUUCAACGCUUCCGGGGGAAACUUGCGAUUAGUUCAUGAAAAGAUAAAAUUUAGUACUUCCUUUUUUUCUUUUUUCUUUUUUUUUCUGAUGAGAUCAUGAGAUAUUCUCAGUCAAGAAUUAAAUUAUGUUCGGGCAUUGGCUUCUACUUUUACCAUUUCCUUUUCCCCGUUAGGUCUUUUCAAUUGUAUAAUUGUAUAUAUUAUGUGUAUAUUUUGUUCAUUCAAUUAU